AUGAAGACCUCAGCCGCUAACAUCGAAUGGUGCAAGCAAUGGCGUGCAAAGUCAUCACGCCAGCAAGUGACUAUCCCCACGGACGCAACUUUUGCGGAAGCUGAACGAGCGUUCAAGGACGAAGACCGCACGAUCAAUGAGCGAAAGGCGGCAGCGCUACGUGGCGUACCCACACCUGUUAACAGCGAUCAGUGCUAUCCCAUGUGGAAUCCCGCGAGAGAACUGACCUUCACUCACGGAGGUGUAUCAUCCACCUCCGUGACUUUAAGUAGUUCGGGGAAAAGGAGUGAGCUUCACGUGUUCCGAUCGCGAGAUGUGCACGAAGCUGGACAAUCGGAGCCUUUCCAUCUGUGGAAAGACCUUCAACUCUUCGUCCUACUCUAA